CCCUCGCACUGCAGACCCCCGCCAAGUCGUAGUCUAUCAUUCGCCUCCAACAGCGGCUGUUUUCGGAACAACGAUUUCUCGUCUUCCCUGAAUCCUCAUCCAAAUUCAAGAUGUCUGAAGAACCAUUUAGGCCACGUGAGAAACUUAUUGAAAAGCAAAAAUAUUUCCAGAGCAUCCACAAACACACGUAUCUUAAGGGGCCAAUGGAUAAGGUGACCUCUGUUGCCAUUCCACUUGCUUUGGCAGCUUCAUCGUUGUAUCUUAUAGGACGGGGAAUUUAUAACAUGUCACACGGGAUUGGAAAGAAGGAAUGAUUUCAAAGAUCCAUCUUAAUCUUUAUCUAAUAAUUGCUUAGUUGCAGACUUGGUUACCAAUUGGUUUGAAUAUCAAUCUCAGAUUCCUUGUUGUGCGUGUGGGAUGGUUUGUCUCAGAUUAUCGUUUUUCCCCCUUUUUAGAAAUUGUUUGGUUGAGUUUGCUUUCCAGUUUCCAGUGAUCUGAUUAUUAAGGAGUGAGCAGCAUAUCCAUAA